UUGUGGGCGGGUAAUUGGGGGGGACAGCGGUGUUUACUGUGCGUGAGGUGGGAAGGGUGUCGAGAAAGAGGUACCAUCCGUUUUCUGGACCCGGACCACUGCCUAGGCCCUUGGGGGCUACUACCACCAUGGGGCUCCGGAGGAAGAACAAGAGCCCGCCCGUGCUAAGCCAUGAAUUCGUGAUCCAGAACCAUGCGGACGCCGUGUCCUGCCUAGCUAUGGGCCUCCUGCUGGGGCUUAUGUUCGAGGUCACAGCCAAGUAUGUCAUCAUCUUUAUUACUGUGCAGUACAACGUUACCUACACCACUGAUGACAAGAGUGAACCCAUUCAUUUCUAUGAAUAUGGUCCAAAAGACAUUGCCACCAUUUUCUUCUAUAUGCUUAUAGCCAUUAUUCUGCAUGCUGUGAUCCAAGAAUACGUACUAGAUAAAAUUAAUAGACGUCUCCAUUUGUCAAAAACGAAGCACAGCAAAUUCAAUGAAUCGGGGCAGCUAGCAUUUUUCCAUUUGUUUUCAUUUGCCUGGGGAGCAAGUAUUUUGACUGCAGAAGAAUUCAUUACAAACCCUACCUUGUUAUGGAAAGACUAUCCCCAUUCUCACAUGCUUUUUCAGGUAAAAUUCUUCUAUGUCUGCCAGAUUGCCUAUUGGCUUCAUGCACUCCCAGAAUUGUACUUUCAAAAGAUUCGAAAGGAAGAUAUACCAAGACAGCUAUACUAUAUCUGCCUUUACAUUGCUCACAUAUCUGGUGCCUACGUAUUGAACCUUCAGCGUCUGGGGCUAAUUUUGCUGGUACCUCACUAUCUAGUGGAGCUCAUUUUUCAUGCCUCGCGUCUUUUCUACUUCAGUGAUGAAAACAAGCAGAAAGGGUUUACCCUUUGGGCUUUACUGUUUGUAAUGGCUCGUCUUUUGACUCUAACCUUGUCUGUGCUCACAUUUGGAUUUGGUUUGGCAAGAGUAGAGAAUCCAGGUUUUUCCAUAGCAGACGGAAACUUCAAUGUACUCACUGUGAGGAUUAGUUGCUUGGCUGCAAUUUGUCUAACACAGGCCUGGAUGAUGUGGAAAUUUAUAAAUUUCCAGCUAAAGAAAUGGAGAGAGCACAUUCAGAACCAGAUUCCUAAGAAAAAAAUAACUUAUGCAAAGAGCAAAUCAACAAAAAAAGAACCAAACAGAGCUAACUUUGUCAAUGGAGCAGUAAAAUUAGAAGAUGGAGCAUCACCCAGAACACGAAAAUCAAAAGCAUUAUGAGAUGGAAGCUAAAAUCAGAAGACAACAUUAUUGACAGAAGACUGUGAUUAAAAAAUAUAACCUGUCACUGCAGAAUCAUAGGCUAUUUGUCUGUCUUGUUAUGAUUUAAAUGGACACUAUCAAGUUAAAAUAUAUUUUAAACACAUUUUUUAUUAAUACAUAACUUACUAUGAAAACUGGUCACUUGUUAUCUAAUUUAUUUUACUAUUUACCUCUUUCAGUUUCACUCAAUUUGGACAAGAAAAUAGACAAAUCACUUGCACUUGCUGGCUCUUAGUAGCACAAUUCUGCAAUGUUUGAAUGACAGACAUUUCAGGGGAAUAUUUGAAUCUAAACAAUCUGUUUAUUUGGAAUGUUAAAAAAAAGUUGGCAACAUUUUCAUUAAUAUUACCGUUUAGAAAAGCAGUGGCUUUUCAAAACCUAAAUUCUGGGCCAAAAAUAUCUGACCAUGUAUGUUUAACUUUAAACUUUUGCACAACAGACUCUUCUUUUUAUCACAUUCUGAUAUUGGAGUAGGGGAGAGUACAAUAUGUCUGAAAUAUAUGUUAGCAUGGCCAAAAAAAAGAGAGUAAAUGACAUCUAUUUCCCUUCAAAGAUUAUAUAAAACUUGAUUUAUAUAACACGCUCAUCAAGUUCUGACUUAAUAUACCUAACUUCCUUUUAGGUGAUUGUGAUAUUUUAGUUAGACACACAGAUUCUGCAGUUGCCUUGCAGAAUUGCCAGUGUACAUAGGGCGCUUUGAAAUAGAUUGUAAUGUCUUUUUUGGAAACUAGUUGCCGAUUAAACAUCUAGGGUGAAAUCCUUGUGCCACUAAAAUAAGUGGCAAAGCUGUCAUACGUUUUACUGAGGCCAGCAUUUUACCGCAUGGCCACAUUUUGUGAAAAUUUCCCCCUGGUAAUUUUUUUUUAAUUUUGGCACUGACCUGUUUGAAAGUUACACAUGGCAUUUUCAUAAAGAUUAUGAAGUUGAGUUCAGGAAAUGUAUUUUCUGUAGCUGCAAUUUUUUUUAAAGGUGCUAAGAUUUUUAAUUACCUGCAUUAGGCAGCCACUUGUUUUGGUUUCAAAUUCAUAUUUAAGUGUUUGUAUCUCCAUGAAGCUAUUAAGAUGCUCAUUACUUAAAUACUGUUUUAGAUAUGAUUUAUAUUUAAAGUUGUAGACCAUUUCAGAAUGUCUUUUCAGAAGUAAUAAGGUCUGAUGCUGGUAUAAUUAAGUGGUCUAGUAAACACUGCAUUAUAGGCCUCUUAUCCCCAACCAAUGGCAUCAGUUUUGCAUGGCUUCUUAUACUACUUGCCAUCCUUUCAGCCAGUUGGAUCCUAUUUCUCCAGCACACAAAAUUCUGUUCAGAAAACAGUUAACUUAUGCAGUAGAGCUGACUUUAUAAUAUAUGCUUUCGGUGCAUAAAACACUAGAGAGGUGCAUUAAAUUGCACUGUCAUGUUCUGAAGUGUAUGUUGUGGUUACGAUUUAGGAAGAAGGUUUACAAUUUCUUACAUGUUAAUGCCACAAAAUAUAUUUACAACUUUCUUGGAAGAAUAGUUAUUUAAAAUUUAUCCAUAUGUAGGUUUUUCUUUAAUACUAUUUCUUCCCUCCCUCCCUGCACUGGCUUCCCAGGUUCUUUCUUGUACCCUCGCUUGUGUUUCUUGAAGAAGUGCAGUGUUUUUAGUGGAGUGAAGCAGAAUCUAGUAGGACUGAGGGGCCACUUGUAAAAAGUUCAGCUGCAUCUACCCAAUUUCUGUCUCUAGAAACUGGCUAUUGACCACCUACUCAUUUCAGAUAGAUGCAUGUAUUCACAUACAAUAGAAACAGUUUUUGGCGUGUUCACCUAAGCUAUACUCGAUUAAACAGUAUUUGCCACUUAUCACACAGCAUGUUCAAAGCAUUUUACAAGCAUACUCCUCAUAACCCUCCAGUAAGGUAGGUAAGUAGAAGUGUUUUCAGGAUAUAAGAAACUGACAGAUUAAGUGACUUGUCCAAGGACACAGUGAGGAUCACUGCCUCUGCUGGGAGUAGAAAUCAGGAUUCCUAAUUCCUAGUCCAGCGAAUCAAUCACACCUGACUCCUGGCCACACUUCUGUGAAAAGCAAGUGAGUGAGAGACUAAAGGUUUCAUAUCAUAUUACCAAUCCCUUGAACUAUCUUAGGUGUUGCCAUGUUGAUCUAAGCACUUGUUUGACUAUGAUAAGGCUACUGAUAUUUUUGUAAGUUACCUACAUAGUCGUGACUGGUAUAUCUAAUGCUAUUUAAGUCUUAUUAACCCAUUUUCUAAUUUGCCCUAACUAUUCCCAUGUGCAGAUUGUAUGUCGGAGUAUCAUGUGAUUUCUCAUAAACCUGUACAUUUCUACUAAAAAUGUUUACCAUGGAAUAUAUAUUUUUUAAACAAUUUUAAUAAACGUAUUUGUAUAAUCAUGAAUGCCUCAUUUGAUAAAAGUAUCAUCUUUUGAGCAGUUUUGGUGUGACCUGCUUAGUCUCUCUACCAUACUGCUCACAAGACAAUGCUUUCACCGAUAAGUAACCGCACCUGUAAGUAUACCAUACAUUUAGGUUUUGGGCCACUUUCCAGCUGAAAUGGCCAAAGACUAGUUGUUAUAUAGGUAAAAAUAUUUUACCCUGAGAAGGGAAUUCCUACACUAAGGACACUGUGAAUACAGGAUAAAAGUUAUAUUGCUUUUACAUUACUGAUGCAAACAUUUUCUUGAAUAAAAAUAUUUUCCUCUUCCCCCCCAUCCAUCGCAAAAGUAUUCAGACCAAAAUUUUUUUUAAGAGCCUAAAAUUGGGCUACAUCUAUACCUGAGCGCCUACAAAUUGGCCAGAUUUUCAAAAGCGUGGAACACUCAUCAGUUACAGUUAAGUAGCCCGAUUCCCAUUAUGGGCACUGCAGAGUAUUCAACACUCUUUAAAAUCUGGCCACUUAUUUAGGAGCCUAAGUAGUAACUUAAUUUUAGGGUCCUGUUUUUCUCAAAAACUUAGCCCCAAUCUUUUCCCCUUCAAUAUUUUGGAAAAUUACAUUUCUAGCAUGCUGCUUAUGAAUUCACUGAACAAAAUGUAUUGAAUGCUAUUCUUGUUGCAUGUCACUCAUAAUGGAUACUUUAAGGAAUCUACACUUCUGAAGUCAAAUAAUGUAAGUGAAACAUUUAAAGUGUCCUUCGCAUAUAACUAUUGUGUGUAUGGAUACUGUGUUCAUACGCACAUACUGUAUCUGUAAAAUAAAGAUAGGAAUCUCAGUCUUGUAGCAUGAGAGAAACUCUCACUAUUCCUUUUUAAAAAUCAUUGUUUUUUUGUCAUUCCAUUGCAUUUUUGGAUGCUCACUGUGGAAUAUCAAAAUGUGUAAAAUGAACUAGGCCUGUGCCUUAAUAUUAAGACAUUUCAGUAAAUGUUAAACAACUUGCAGCAAAAAAAAAAAAAAAAAAAAAA